AUGUUCAACAUCAUAUUCGAUCCUGUACGAAACCGGUCUCAGCUUAAACGCUUCAAUGGAGACUACUACGUGGAAAUGAAGGACGAGGAACGUACGCUGACAGCAUCACCCCAUUGCACAUUGCGCAAGAUGAACAUUCGGGUCAAGGUCGACCAUCCACUCAUACCGUGGGUAGUGAAGGUCAGGCGAAAGGAGGGUAUUCGGUGCAUUGAUGUAUUCGAAGCUGUUUAUAGCUGCUUCAACACGACGUUGACGCCCGACGAAGAGCUCCGGUACCAGCAGUACCUGAAGACAGACUGGUGCGUUACGGCCUUCAAGUUCCGCUGCGCGAAAAGCCCCGGAAUCACUUACGUCAACGAGAGACAAGGCAGGCGUCGAGUUGACCUCCUAGGCGAGCGGACCUUUUUCGGCGGUUUAACGCAUGACGGAGAUGACAAGUGGACCUUGGCGUUGGAGACGCACCGACGGUUUGCCCCCUGUUAUAUGUAA